AAAGGGGGGGGGGACUGUUCGACUAGAGCCCGGAGACUUUUGCUCCUCCACCACGACCAUGUGGGUGAUUGUGUUGCAUCGCGAACAGUCGCUUUGCUCGCUCUUAGCUUUGAACAGAAUCGUCCCAAACUGGACUUUUGGGGUGCCAUGCCAUGGCUGUUUGUCCUCAUCCCCCGCCCGGACUUCUAUGCGAGCUUGUCUAGCCGGUAGAUAAUGCGUGCUUUUGGUUGAUCUGGUUCUAGUAAGCUGGAAAAGCUUGUGCCACAAAAACACACAAACAAAAACCCAGUUCUUCGGGGCUGUGUCGUUCUUUACAGCUAGCAGCACAAGCCUGCACUCGUCUGCUCAGAAGUAAGCUAAGGCUGCAUAUACACGCCAUGCAUUCGAAGCAUGUUUAAAUCUCACGCCCUUGAAACCGUAGUUUGUGAAUGUGUCAAGUAUAGUUUCCAGAAUUCUUGUGUGGGCUGUUGAAGAAUGUUUGUUCCAAGGUCUAUUAAAGUCAAGAGGAAUGCUGGUGAUGAGGGGACCUGUGUAACUAAGAAAAAUAAACCUUCUCCAAGUGAAUCCUCACUUGAAAAUGCUACAGACUUCCGAGAUGCUAAGUCAGAUACAAAAGACAUGUCAAGCUCAGAGAGUGACUUGUUUGAACCAGUGGAAAGAGACACUGAGCUGCACACCUCUCUGGAUUCAGCUUUAGCUCUUACUGAAGCAACAUUGGAAAAUGCAAACAAUGAGGACUGUUCUCUUGCUGAGGAUCCCAUAAAAUCUUUUAGCAAAAUGCAACGCUGGCCACAGCCUGGGGAACCUGUGUGUGUGGUUUGUGGUCGUUAUGGGGAAUACAUCUGUGACAAGACUGACGAAGAUGUUUGUAGCUUGGAGUGCAAAGCCAAACACCUUUUACAUAUCAAAGAGGAAAAGGAAAACUCAAAAUCUGCUAGCAGUUGUGAAAAAGCAGAGACUCGGCCCACUUUACUUGAUGGUACUUAUGUCUAUGAAGAGAAUCCAUUUGUGCUAAGCCUUCAAGAGGAGCAGAUUGAGAACUUAAAGCAGCAACUAGGCAUUACUGUCCAAGGUCAGGAAGUUGCAAGACCUAUUGUAGAAUUUGAACAUUGUGGCUUCCCUGAAAUUUUAAACACCAAUUUGAAAAACUCAGGCUAUGAAGUCCCAACUCCUGUCCAAAUGCAGAUGAUCCCAGUUGGAUUAUUGGGCAGGGAUAUCAUGGCCACGGCUGACACUGGCUCAGGAAAAACUGCUGCUUUCCUGCUUCCUGUUGUAAUUAAAGCCUUGGGAGAGGCAGAAACCCCAUCCGCUCUUAUUCUGACGCCAACGAGGGAGUUAGCUAUACAGAUAGAGAAACAAGCUAAAGAGCUCAUGAUUGGACUGCCCAACAUGAGAACUGUUCUUCUGGUUGGAGGAUUGCCAUUACCACCUCAGCUUCAUCGCCUGAAACAAAAUGUUAAGGUUAUCCUAGCUACACCAGGAAGGUUGCUAGAAAUUCUAAAGCAAAGCUCCAUUCAACUCCACAAUAUUAAAAUUGUUGUAGUGGAUGAAGCUGAUACCAUGUUAAAGAUGGGUUUCCAGCAGCAGGUUUUAGACAUUUUGGAAAAUAUCCCCACAGACCAUCAGACUAUUCUGGUGUCUGCCACAAUGCCUUUUGGCACUGAACAGCUGGCCAGUCGACUUCUGCAAAAUCCAGUGAAAAUAACCAUCGGAGAAAAGAACCAGCCAUGUUCCAAUGUUCGCCAGAUUAUCUUGUGGGUAGAAGAACCAUCCAAAAAGAAAAAGCUUUUUGAAAUAUUAAAUGAUAAGAAACUGUUCAAACCUCCUGUGCUGGUAUUUGUAGAAUGCAAACUUGGUGCAGAUCUCCUGAGCGAUGCUGUACAUAAAAUUACAGGCUUGCAAACAAUCUCUAUGCAUGCUGAUAAAUCACAGAUAGAAAGAACUGCCAUAUUACAGCAUUCUGGAUCGCUGCACAGAUGCUGCUCUCCAAGCAACUUAAGCUGUACUUUGGAAGCAGCAACGCCUCUCUCCAUGUGAACCUACCCUGACCCUGAGAUCAUCAUCUGAGGUCCUUCUUUGUGUGCCUCCUGUAUAAGAGGUCCGGAGGGUGGCAACCUAAGAAUAGACCUUUUCUGCAGUGGAAUGCUCUCCCUAGGGAGGUUUGGCUGACGCCUUAAUUGUACACCUUUAGGCGCCAGGUGAAAAUGUUCCUCUUCAACUAGGCCUUUAGCUGAUUAAUAUCUGAUACCCUUUUAAAUGUGGCUGUGGGAGAAGUUGGGGGGGUGUUAUUGGUUUGUUUUUGUUUUUAUAAUGUAUUUUGUGUUUUUUAUCUUGCAUUUCUAUGUUAUGAACCGCCCUGAGAUCUACAGAUUUUAAUAAAUAGAAUCAUAGAAUUGUAGUGUUAGAAGGGAGUAGGGACCAUGAGGGUCAUCUAGUCCAACCCCCUGCAAUGCAGGAAUCUUUUUGCCAGACAUGGGGCUUGAACCCACAACCCUGAGAUUAAGAGUCUCAUGCUCUAUGGACUGAGCUAUCCACAGAAAUAAUAAUAAUUAUUAUUAUUAUUUGCGGGCCCUGUUGCCAUGCUCAUUCUGGGAAUUCAUCAGUGGUCUGGGGAAAUUACUUGAUCUGAUCCUCGUAGAAAUUUUAGGGCUGAACCAUAUUCCAUGAGGGUAUAUUGAAAAUAGUGGCCAGCAGAGGUGCCUGGGUCUUUUAGUGUGCAGUAAUGUUAGUAAGGCUGGUUUUAGAUCAGGGGUGGGGGUCCAGUGGCCAACCAGAUGAUGUUUGGCUACAAUUCUAUUAACCAUGGAGGCUGUGACUGAUGGGAGUCCAACCACAUUUGAAGAGCCACAACUUAUACACCUAGUUUUAGAUGCAGUUUAUCAUUAAUGUUUUUUAAACAUGAACAUUCAGAGCAGCAGCUAGACUGACUGUGAGUUCAAGCUCAGAGUAUAUAUCUGAGAGGAGCUAGCUUUUAGUUCUAUUUAAAUACUUUUAAGUUAUUUUUCUUCCUUUUUAUUUUGUUGCUUAUUGCCCUGUGGCUCCUUUUUGUUUCCUUUUGAAAUAUGUUCAGGAUUUGGCUUCAUUGUGAAUUCUGCGGCUUAAUUUCCUUUGUUGGAAAUCUUGUCUUGUAACUUUUGAUUACAAGACAAGCAACAAAAUUCUUAAAGUUUAAUAUUUAUUUCUAGUUACAUCCUGCACCUUAACAACAAGACAUUUUCAAGGAAGCUGAAAAAAUGUUUCUAUAUGCUUUGCAUUAGGGAUUAUUUCAAGGCAAGUAUGAAGUUGUAGUAAGCACUGGAGUCCUAGGACGUGGACUUGACCUUGUCAACGUUAAGCUGGUCGUGAAUUUUGA